AUGCCUAAUGCUUUGUGUGAUGUGACAUGUCAUUUUUAUGAGAAAAAUGUGUCUCCUUUAUCUAGACAGGUUUCUAGUGUAGCAGAGUCAUCUGUAAAAACUGCUUGGGCGUACGCUAAAUCUACAGAAGAUCUUAGAACUCAACCAGACACUGCUGGACGGAGUAGAGAGAUUAACUCAAAUACGAGGUUUAGAGAGGGAAGAACGGAGGAGAAUUCAGAGAAUCAAAACCUACUCCCGGAGAAGGAUGAAGGACGGAGAAGAAGUCAAGGGUUCCUACUGGAUCAAGGUCUGAGUACUCCAAGAGGAAAAUUCACAAGUGAAUGGGUUUUGUCAGACACACACAGAGAAACAUUUGUUCCGAACAUUUAUGAUGUCACCCCGGAUCAUUCCAUCUUGAAGAAUGGACUAGCAAAGUCGCUCUCCCAAAUGUGUAUUUUGGAAAGUCUAGAAAAUAACAAAAAUCUACCAAACACCACAAUGGCGCCGAAUCUCAAGCAGGCGAACACCGCGACAUUGCGGGGAAAUUGUAAAGCUCGACUGGUCAAAGUUGGGCCUCCCACACUUCCUAAACCAAAUAUUGCAAGCAGGCCAAAUUCAGAAUUCAUAUCAGGCGCUGUUUUAUCCAAUACCAGAGCAAAUCAAAUGUUCCGAGAUUCAGGAAAAGACCAAGAACAUAUUAUUCAAAGUCCAGACUGGGUCUUUUAUGCUAAAGGAAGAAAAACCAAAGAUUUUGGAGAUUUUCAAAUUUUCUCUGACAGCCCCCUCAGAAACUGAAACCUCAGCAAAAUAGAACAAAAGACAGAAAUCCAGGGCUCGGAACUUUUCUUUGGAGUAUCGUUAAUCUGUAACGCUUGAUCUUGAUAUCAAAUGUGGACACUUUUAAAUUUAAUGAUAAAGGGUUGAUCCCUCAACUUAGAUUAGCCAUGCAGGGUAUAGCCACCACGGUGUAUUGAAGAGAAAUGCAAUUCAUUCAAACACAAUGAAGAUUGAUCUUGAUAUUUGCAAAAGUUUUGACGUUUAUUUUGUUUCUCUAAAGACAUAAGUUUAGUUAGUAAUGUGAUGCAAUGUGUGAAAAUACUAUUUUCUAUAAAAUAUUUUUGUGUUAAACUGUAAAAGAUGUAUGUAUAUAUUUGAUACAUUUCUAAUAAUUUAUGCAAAUGGAAAAUCCUUUUCUGCAAAUGUUUAUGUUUUACAUCUUUGAAUAAUUAAAUAGAAAUUAGCCAUGAACUUUAAUAAUUUUGUACAGUA